CGACGGCGGUGGAAGGGGCAGACGCCCUGGAGCCUGUGACUUCGGAACGUCGGUGGGAGGUGGCGCGGCGUGGGGUGGGGCGGGCCUGAGGGAACGCUCCAGGGCUUUGCUGCCCUUCCGUCCCCAAGGCCGUCCCUGCCCCUCUCUCCCCUGGGCCGCCGUCAGGGAUGCAGACAGCAGAUCGGGACCCGAGUGGGCCAGAGGUGAGCCCCGGCGUGAUGCCUGAGGUUCUCUCUGAGUGUUCACCUGCCCCCACCAAGUCGACAGCGUUUGAUCUUUUCAACCUGGUUCUGUCCUAUAAGAGGCUGGAGAUCUACCUGGAACCCCUGAAGGACGCAGGUGAUGGUGUUCGAUACUUGCUAAGGUGGCAGAUGCCUUUGUGUUCCUUGAUGACUUGCCUGGGCCUCAACAUCUUGUUCCUCACUCUGAACGAGGGUGCCUGGUACUCCAUGGGUGCCUUGAUGAUUUCGGUGCCCGCCCUACUGGGCUACCUUCAGGAGGUGUGCCGGGCACAGCUGCCAGAGUCUGAGCUGAUGCGGAGGAAGUACCACACCAUAAGGCAGGAAGACCUACAGAGAGUUCGCCUUUCCCGCCCCGAGGCUGUGGCUGAGGUGAAGAGCUUCUUGAUCCAGCUGGAAGCCUUCCUGACCCGCCUGUGCUGUACCUGUGAGUCAGCCUACCGUGUACUACAUUGGGAGAACCCCAUGGUGUCCUCACAGUUCUAUGGCGCUCUUCUGGGCAUGGUGUGUAUGCUCUACCUGCUGCCCCUCUGCUGGGUCCUUGCCCUUCUAAACAGCACCCUCUUUCUGGGAAACGUGGAAUUCUUCCGAGUGGUGUCUGAGUAUAGGGCUUGUCUGCAGCGGCGGAUGAACCCCAAGCAGGAAGAGUACGCCUGUGAGAACUCAGCCCUGCAGGACGCCGGGGGACGGAGCACUCUGCUGGACAGCACUCCUGCCCCGACACCCACAGAGGACCUCACGCCAGGCAGUGUGGAAGAGGCUGAGGAGGCCGAGCCAGACGAAGAGUUCAAAGAUGCAAUUGAGGAGACCCACCUGGUGGUGCUGGAGGAUGACGAGGGCACCCCGUGCCCAGCGGAGGAUGAGCUGGCCCUGCAGGACAACGGGUUCCUCAGCAAGAAUGAGGUGCUGCGCAGCAAGGUGUCUAGACUCACAGAACGGCUCCGCAAGCGAUACCCCACCAACAGCUUUGGGAACUGUGCAGGCUGUGCCGCCACUUUCUCGGUGCUGAAGAAGAGGCGGAGCUGCAGCAACUGUGGGAACAGCUUCUGCUCUCGGUGCUGCUCCUUCAAGGUGCCCAAGUCCUCCAUGGGGGCCACAGCUCCUGAAGCCCAGAGAGAGACUGUGUUUGUGUGUGCCUCCUGUAAUCAGACCUUGAGCAAGUGAGAAGAGAGGCUGGGCUCCCACUCUCCUGGGGCCAGCAGUAGACACUACACUCCCAACCCUGGUCCUCUGAGGCGUGUGCUGGGCAAAUGCAGCCCGACAGCUAGGUCCUCCCUGCCCUUCCCCUGUUGCCUUCAGCUGGGCUGGUGAUACUCUGAGGCCCACAGGGAGAGGAACCCCUGGAGCUGUUUGCCCUGCUCUCCCGUGCUGAUGACUCAAGACUGGCCAGGGAAUGUCCACCAGAGGGCAGAACUGAGCAUAGCCUGCUCUCAUCUGGACUCUGAGGUGGGGAAAAGAGGUUCCUUCCUGUUGAGUACUGGGCCUCUAGCCCCAGAGAACCUGGAGGAGGACUUGGGGCACCAUGGCCUGACUCUGCCCUUUGAACAGCCUCAGGAUCUCUUGUUUUCUAGAGACAGGAUUGGAGUUCCCAAGUGCCCCGACGAGCGUGUACAUGAGGGUUCUGGCCAAGCCCCACAGUGUCAAAUUAUUGGCAGCAUGGGGAAGCUCUGCCUACAGAUAGUGUCUGCCAUGAUUUUCUGGUGUCUCAGCCCUGCUGGGAUGGCUGCAGGACCCUCACACCACUCCUUCUGCUCCGCGUCUGGGCGUCCCUCCUCUCUCACUGCCACCUCUCCCUAGCCCUGUCCCAUAGGGCGUGAGGCCGGGGAGUGGAGCAGAGAUUGUGAAAGCCCUUGGCCUUUGAGGUCCAGGAAGGUAUUGGACCUUGAUGGGCUGGUUCUUAGAGUACAGUGUCCAUUGUGGGAUAAGGUCACAUGGACAGUUUUAUGUUCUCUCUGAUCUGCCAAGGGGCCCUGUGCCUCUUUUUAAGCCAUGAGCUGGCUCAGGCCCCCUCCACUGGAGCUGCCCUGUCUUUUUAAAGUAUUUAUUUAUUUAUUUCACGGUUUUUGGGAGCAUGCAGCCCAGGGGUGGGGUGAAGAUGAGGGCUUCUGCCUGAGACCCGUCUGUAGAGUCACGGCUCUCCCUUGGGGCUGCUCUGCAGGGCCUUGCACUAUCGCAGGAGAACUGUUUGUGUGGCCCAAGCAUGGGCUUGGUGGAAGCUGGGUGUGGGGUGAGUGACUCCCGGCUGAAGCCCUCUUCGCUGAUGAGCCAUACACAGAACAGUGAGGGGUUGUCAGUGGGGACCAAGCUGGUGAAGUGUACCCCUUUCCUGGAGGGAACGUCACCUCUGUACUUAUUUAUGCUGGAGAGCAGUGGAGAGGAGGUCUGUAUGGGGAAUUGUCAAUAAAAGGCCCCAAGCUUUUGCUUU